AUGUGCCACCAACUUUUAGUGUCUUCGUAUUUCCACACAGUGUUGGGCAUCGACCGCUGUGAUCUGAAUAUCAAGAGCAACAGCAGCAUCCAUCACACAGAGCUGUACGGAGAGGACCGUUUGAUUGUGAGGAGAGGACUGCCCUUUAACAUUAUCUUACACCUGCUGCCGGGCAGCAAUGAGGUCAAACCGAGUGAAGCAAGCCUCAUGUUCAUUGUUGAAACAGGUCCAUUGCCCCGAAAAGAAUCUGACACAAAGGUCUCCUUCAGCCUACAAGACUCCACGGUGGACACUGAGUGGAGUGCAUCUGCCACCAGUGAUCCCUCUGGAAACAGUUUAACUGUCUCUAUCAGUUCCUCCCACAAUGCCCCCAUUGGGGUGUAUUCUUUGACUUUAGACCAGUUGGGUCAGAAAACCAGUUUAGGACAGUUCACUCUGCUUUUCAAUGCUUGGUGCCCACAAGACGCCGUUUUUAUGCGAAGCGAGCCGAAGAGACAGGAGUAUGUUUUAGCCCAACAUGGGCAGAUCUACAGGGGAACACCUAAAAGGAUCAAAGGGAAACCUUGGAACUUUGGACAGUUUGAACCAGGAAUAUUGGAUAUCUGUCUGAAGAUUCUAGAUGACAACCCCAAAUUUGUUUCUGAUGCCGAUAAGGACAUCUCAGGCAGAAGAAAUCCCAUCUACGUCACCAGGGUGCUGAGUGCCAUGGUAAUCAACAGUAAUGAUGACCGGGGAGUGCUGGUAGGGGAGUGGGGAGAGUUUGAAGGCGGGACCCACCCUGGCCUGUGGAUCGGCAGCGGGGAGAUUCUGCGUCAGUGGGCAGAGAGCGGUCCAGUCCGCUACGGCCAGUGCUGGGUGUUUGCUGCUGUGGCCUGCACAGUGUCCCGAGCUCUUGGAAUCCCAUGUCGAGUGGUGACUAACUUUGGAUCCGCUCAUGAUACUAAUGCCAACCUGAUGAUAGAAAACCUUUAUGAUGAAAAUGGUGAGAGGCUAAGUGGAGGGGACUCAGUAUGGAAUUUCCACGUUUGGGUGGAUAGCUGGAUGACUCGUCCAGAUUUGGGGAAGGAGUUUGAUGGGUGGCAAACCAGUGAUCCAACACCACAGGAGAAAAGUGAUGGUGUUUUCUGUUGUGGCCCUGCUUCACUGAAGGCCAUCAGGGAGGGACAGAUGACCAUGAAAUAUGAUGCUCCUUUCAUUUUUGCUGAGGUGAAUGCGGAUGUUGUGGACUUAGUUCGUCUGUCUAGUGGAAAGUUUGUUGAGUUCAGCGGAUCGACUAAGUCUGUUGGAUGUUUCAUCAGCACCAAAGCUGUUGGCUCCAAUGAGCGACAUGACAUCACACACCAGUACAAGUAUCCAGAAGGUUCAAAAGAAGAGAGGAUGGUGUAUGAGAAGGCCCAGCACCACAACAAGCUACAGAAAAAAGGGGAAGAGCCAGGAAUUCAUCUCAAGGUUUUUAUCAAGCUUGCUGACAACAUGAUCGUGGGCUCAGACUUUGAGGUGUACGCAAUUAUCAAGAACAACUACAUGAAGGCAAGAACCUGCACCUUCCUCUUCUUUGCCAGAGCAAUGGGUUACAACGGAAAACUUGGAGACAACUGUGGAUUUUUGUCAGAAAAAGUGGAAGUUCCAUCUGGAGGAGAGAAGCGUAUCUCCCUCAAGCUGGAGUAUGACCUCUACAAAAACGCAAUCACCUCUGACAGAAUUAUCCAGUUGACAGCCAUCACCAUCGACAAGGAGACCGUAGAUUACCAUAAAGCUGAGAAGACCAUUGUGCUAGAUGAGCCAGAAAUAGAAAUCAAGCUGGUGGGUGAAGCCACGUUGAGCCAGCCUGUCAGAACCGAGCUGACCCUGGUGAACCCUUUACCAGAACCACUGCAGGACUGCAGCUUCACUGUUGAGGGCGUUGGACUCACAGACGGCAAACCCAUAACAGCAAAGGUUGGGACUGUGGGCCCCAAACAAGAGGCCAAGGCCAGUAUUGAGUUCAAGCCAACCAUUGCUGGCUCUGGCGCGCUCCUGGUGAACUUUGACAGUGACAAGCUAAAGAACAUCAAGUGCUCCAUCAGUGUUGUGGUGAAAGAAUGA